AUGAAUAAUUCAAUUGUUAAUCGAAAUGUAUUAAAAGCUGUGACAAAUCAACCCAUUCGAGAAACUUCAAAUCAAAAUAGUAUAAAUUUUCUUUUUAUAUAUAAAUUCAGAAUUCUUCAAAUACAAAUUCAAUCAAAUGAUGAUCUAUCUUAUCAACCAUUAGUAACAAUCAGUGAUAAUGAUAAUUCCGAUGACGAUGAUUUUAUUUCACCUAUACAUAAAUUAACAAAAAAUGAAUUACGUGAAGAAUUAAAAUUAUUUCGUGAAGAUAAUAAUUCGAGUCGAAAUAAUAUUAACAAUACUUUACUUAAUCAUAAUAAUGACAAUUAUGAUGCCGAUGAUAUUGAAUUUCAUACUUAUCAAUCGACAAAAUGUUCUAUUUGUUGUUAUCAAUAUUGA